CUUAUUCACUAGCUUUUAUGCUUAGGUUUAAAUUCAAUUUAUGGGAAAAUCGCUGCCCGGCGCAACCAACAAGCUUCAGCAGCUCGCCAAAGUCACCGCUUUCCACGCAGCGAAAAAGGCUAAACCCCCGACGCAGCAGCCGCCUCCGCCAGGGAGGAUUAUAAGCGAAGACAAAUCCAAUCCUAAGAAGAAGAUGGAGAGCUCCAGCGCUAGUCAACGCCUGCCACUCUCCGAGGUUGUCUCCGAUUGCCUCAAGCGUUGGUUCAAAGACACUAUCAAGGAAGCCAAAGCCGGGGAUGUUAACAUGCAAGUCCUUGUCAGUCAAAUGUAUUAUAGCGGUUAUGGGGUUCCCCGGGAUGCCCAAAAAGGAAGAAUUUGGAUGACAAGGGCAUCGAGACUGCGGUCUUCGGUUUGGAAAGUCAGCGAUAAGCGUCCAGGUUAUAAUGCAAGCGAUUCGGAUUCAGAUGAAAUCAAGGGCGAUUCUUGAGUUAACAUACUGUGGUCUCUGCAUUUAGAACUGGUCCAUAUGGUUGUCAUGCCUGUUUUGUCUCAUUGAAUGUUCCUGUGCUGUAACAAUAUUUUGUCCUUUCUUUUUUUUAAUUCCCCCCAUAAAUAGUGCUCUUUUUUUGUUGGUUGGUUUGCUUAAGAAAAACUGCUAAUGGCGUGUGUUAAUAAGAUGAUUUGUUAACGUUGUCUUUA